ACUUUUUUAUUAAUUACAAUAAAAUGUUUUUUUCGUGUAAAUCUAUUUCGCAUAAAUAUUUCGUAUGGUAUGGGAAAGAAAUGGGCAGACAGUGAUUAUUUUGUGUGAGAGAAACCCGAGAGCCGUUAGAACCGUUACAAGUGGAAAGGAACCCUCUUCCCUUUCCCCUUCUCGCAGAGGGAUUCUCAUGUUUUGUGACGUGCUCGCUUCAUUCUCUGGGCAGCCUUCGUAACGUGAACAGUGAAAAACUCGUGUUAAAAAUGGAAACCACGUUUGUAGAUGAAGCAACGAUCAGCUAUGUGCAAAAUCUAGCAAAAUGUGAUAUUACGAAAGAAGAGUUGACGGACGCAAUAGAAUAGAAUAUCUUCGAGAUGUCCUGAUACAAUUUAAUUUAAUUAAUAAUGAAGCGCCAAGAAAAUUAUCAAAAAAUUCCAAAUUAAUUGGCGGAAAAUUGUUUGAAAAAUUAAUUAAACUGUUGGGAAAACAUAAAAUAUCAGAUGAGGUGGAAUAUUAUAUAGCAGAAGGAGAAUACGUGAUUGAAGAAGACGCGAUGGAAGAUGUUCGAUCGUCUUCUUCGGACGAGCCUCAUACGAGUCAAAGAACAGAAGAGUCUUCUCCGGACAAGCCUCAUACGAGUCAAAGAACGGAAGACUACGAACCUCCGCAAAAAGUUGCAGCGAUGGAUCUAGUGCCGUAUGAUGUAAAAUUGAAAAUAGUUAUGACCGCAAACGAACAUCCGAAUUGGAGCUUCCGUACGUUACAAAGCAAGUUUAAACAGCAUUUGCAUUAUCACAGUGAAGUUGCACGCUUCCGCAAAUACAUUUUAUCUGGUGGAAAUUAUUGGGAUAAGCUGCAAUUAAUAAAACGGAAUGUGUAUGAUCGGUUUACGGAAGCAAGAGAGCAAAGGCAACUUGUUACGCGACGUCUUCUUCAACAGUGGGCGAUGGCUGCAGCCGUUCAAUAUAACAAACAAGGAGAAGAAAGCGAAGAACAUGGCAAAGCUUUCCGCUUUGUAGCAUCGAACACAUGGUUAACGUCAUUUCUACAUGAAUACAAAAUUUCUAACCGUCGAGUUGUUCGGUAUUUAUCAAAAAGAGAAAUAAUAUCACCGCAAGCUGUGAUGGAAUACGCUGUACACUUUCAAGAAUUAAUUAGAAGUAUAUCACCGGAUUACGACCCGGAUUUCAUAGUAAAUUCUGACCAAACCGGCUGCGAAUAUCGCGUAAAUGUUGCACGAACGUACACUGGCGAAAAAUUCGUACAAUUAUAUAUCGGCGAUCUAAAUAAAGUGACUCACUCUUAUACUGCACAAUAUUCUGUCACACAAUCGGGCAAGCUAUUAAAUAAAGUGUUCGUUUGCUUACAAAAGACUUCCGACAUAUUUGGAGUCCGGGUACAGAAAGAGAUAGAUGCGUUAUUGCUAUUAUGUAAAAAUGUUGUUCCAGUCUGCUCCAAAUCAGGGAAAUUAACAACGUCUCUCUACCAGCAAUAUUUGAAACUGGUUCUCAAGCCGUACGUUGGUAAUCAUCAGUUUUUAUUUCUUGUUGAUUCUUGGGGAGGACAAAAGAAUGUCCAUAUGUAUAACGAAAUAUUUCGCGAUAAUAACAAUAGGCCAACGUGUAACCUACAAACAAUACCACCAAAUUUAUACUUUCGUCGCCGGUAUAUAAAGAAGGACAGUUCUGUAUACGCUUUAUAAUGAUUUUGACCUGUCUAUAGAAAUAAACAUCGCACGGUUGACAAAUUGGCGUACAUUAAUG